CUGGAGACUGACACGCAGCUUGCGCUCAUUGAGAAAUGCACAGCGAAUAUGGGAAGAGAUUCACUUAUACGGGUGCAAAUGACGAAAGGGAAGUCGUUGUGAGUUCCGAAAACAACCCUUGCCACGACCGGGCGGCAGACAGGCGCGGAGACGGAUCAACAUUUGAAUACUCAACAGGUGAGAUGUGAAGCAACAAAAGCGAGCGGGAAAUCUCGCAGCACACUCUGCACAAAACAGUUCCCCCGAGCAUGCAAUCAAUCACAUCUGUACAUCUGCAAGUGAUAGACAAAGGCGCAAAGGGACAGAAUUCAUUGAUGUGCCCUUUGUCUCCUCAAGCUCCGAGCUAGCUCCUCCGCAGACGCGAUUCGCAUCAAAAUUAGAUAGUAGAAGGGAACGAUGAGGCAAAACUAGAGGCGUUUCACAGCGAAACAAAGAUGUUAGCCGCAGGCGAGAUCGAUGCAUGACCGUUCCUUUGUUUUUUAAGUCAAGCUAUUGGUCGCAGUCUUCAAGAGCACCUGCGUUCUUUUCUCUUUCAACGAAAGUGGCGUAUCGUUCUUCAUCCAUUAGCCUCUUUGUCACUUUCGCCACGAGUGCGCUUGCGCUUUUUUCAACGCCUCCUUCUUCAGCUUCUGCUUGAGGGAGUCGAAGCUUGAGUAGCCAGCCCUGCCCCUCGGGGUCUUGAAAGACGAGGCUAGGCUGUUCCCUGACCUUUUCGUUGACUUCUACCACAAGCCCGUCAACAGGACUGUACACUUCUGCAACACUUUUCACACUCUCCAGAGAGCAUACUGCGCUCCCCUUUUUCACUGAAGCAUCUUCUUCGCCCGCCCGUGCUCUUUCGUCUUUCCGCAUCUCGGCGCUUCUGCUGCCCGCUUGUGCCAGCCUCUCUGGGAAGUCGACGUAGACAACUUCCCCUAGCUCUUCAGCAGCAUAUGCACUGAUGCCGACGACACCAAACAGGACGCGUUCAGAGCUUUUGGGAGUCUCACUUGCUACUACCUCAGGACUCGCAGCGGAAGUGGUGCAGGAUUCUUCCUGCGUUGGUGGACAGUCCAGAGUAAGUCGAACAUACUCGUGUGUCUUUGAGUAGUACACGCCAAGAUGGUUUGGCGCAACUACCGAAGACGCAGAGGCAAGAGAAGAAAAUACGCGACACCCUGAGGGCCGCGAAGAAGACGCAAGCAAACAGUGGCCGAUGAGCUGGCCAUCAGAAAAACCACGAGACAGAACGCGCGGGGUAUGACGAAGUAGCCGCCCGCGAAUAGUAUUGCCAGGCUGAACUGGAAUGCACGCCAGGUGGAAAGGCGGAAAAGGGGAAUGAGGGAAGCCAGGUCGCGCGAAAGCACGCCGCAUGAUAAGGAACUGUCCCGAAGGAGAACACGGCCUCAUGGCUGCGAGGGUCGCGGAAAAGACACUUUCUUCCCUAGUACGAGGUUGAUGUUAAAAUUCAGAAGUCAGAAGUCGGACUCGGUUGGUUCUCAUGUAGACAUGCCGUUUUCUCUUGGUGGAUCCGUUUCGGUAGCGACAAAUGGGUUUUUGUUCAGACCAUCCAGAAAACGCACUGAAGCUCAAGGAACUGAGCCAAUGAUGGUGACGCCAACCUACAUUUCUAUGAUGCUACGGAUCCGUAAUUUACCUAAGCAUGUUUGUGCUGGCAGAGGCAGUCGGCGGAGUCUUUUGCCACGAAUACUGCCUCACAAGAUGGAGAAGUGGUUCCUACGGAAUGACGGAGGGCGGGGACUUCCGAAGAGAAUUCAGUCACUUAUGCACGGCUGCGGGAACAAGUGCGAAAAUUGAAAAUUCCUGAUUGAAGGUAAAGUUCGAUUGCAGCAGUUCUGAAGGUCCGUUAGCAGUGAUUCUGGGCAGUGCCAGGUGUAUGUACAGGCAAGGUACCGCCGGUGCAAGACUGAGGGCGUUGUGGCGCGCCAAUGGAUGAGCCCGAAAUGGAGAAAAAAUUACUAGGGCAAAAUUUCAUACGAAUAAAAGGAGUCCACAGUCGCUCAUCGUCCGGCGGUGGAGUUGCUUCAGCCUUGGAAGGGGCCGUCAAGAGAGCUGAUCAGACGUGCUCUCGAAAAGUCGCUGUGACACUACCAAAUGCGGAACUCCCAGGAGCCUUGCAACUCCAUCUGAUCCAUCGAAGCAAAGCGAACUAACAUAGAAGCCAUUAUCAUACUUUUAUGCUGGACAUUCAAUUCGGCGGCUGUACCAAACAGUUCCGUGGGCUCCGCCAAUGCUAUGGUUGUGUGUCUGCACCGGAAGUAAGGAAGCCAGCGCAGUCAAGGCCAGAGACGACGUGUACGGCGGUGCAGUAUAGGGCGAAAACGAAUAUGGAUUCCUUUUAGAGACCGUUCCUGCGUUACUGCUUCAGGUCGUGAAAACCGAGGAGAGCUGGCGUCAAAAAGCAGAUUCUUUUUCCAGCUAGGUUUUCUUUUCCGUUAUCGGAAUGUGUGCUGCGUUGUCAUGGGGCAGCAUGCGCCGUGGCGUCUGUGAGAACACGCGUGAGAGUCGCGCCGAAUAGGCACCAGCCACAGCCGUCGGCCAGACAGGCGACAACACUGUGCCCGACAUAAUCUGAGAAACUGAGAGAUCUUGCAGAUUCAAGCCAGUUAUCUGAGCACUGAAGCCCAUUCGUUUUUCCGGAAGCAUGGACGAACAGAUGAAGAAAGUCCACUUUGUACGCGGGGCACGGAUGCCUAAAAGCAGCUGCUACGAUCGGCAGUGUGAAGACCAGGGAGAGGUGCUGUUUACCUCCCUCCUCGACGCGUGAGCCCGCUGUUCUCGCACAUGCCUCACGGUUUCCUCUUUCUUGUUUCCACCUGCUUUUCACAGCUCCUUUUGCGUUUUAGCGGAUGGCCCGUGUUUGCUGGCUUGACCGGCGCGUCGUUUAUCAGGUCUUUUCAAAGGUUUCCCAUUCACACCCCAUGUGAUCACUCGCGCACAUGCCAGAAAUUUUCCGCUUUCGUGCAACCGACAGGCCACAUAGCGCGGAAGCGGACGAGCAUUAUGUUUUCCCUGUGUUUCUACACACUGUAUCGCUGCAUGAAUUUGCUCAUCUGCCCCAACACACGUUCAUGUGCCUUCGCCUGCCGAGUUGUUUUGUAAUUGAUUGGGAGGUAGAUAUGCUCCCGAUAUCGCGUACCUCCGGUGAGAAGCAAUUGUUCACAGACACAGUCUUCGACGGUUUUCCCUACCAUAGUUUUGUCGCCAUUGCCUUCGCGUCAUUUUUUCGUUUCACUUGUUGUUUUCUAUUCCUCCCUCUUGCGUUGCCCCUUCUUCCUGCACCGUUCGCGGGAGUGUUGACUGGGGGCGGACCAACCGCGAAAACAUCGAUGCUGGAAGCCGAAGACGGGAGUUCUCACGAGCAGCAGCACCAGAGAAAUGAUUCUGGGAAUGGCGAACGCAGGGGUAAAGUAUCUGCUUCCGACAAAUAUAGAUAGUUCAGGUUAACGUGAAGAUGGACAGAGGGUAAGAGACCUUUUCCGUCCUUGAGGUCGGCGCAGUUCCUCCCUCUUCGUGGAGUCUCUCAUGCCUCUCGAAUCCUUUUCACCUUGCUUGUGCUCGUGCCUCAACUCUACGUCUUUGUCCCUUGUGUUCCUCGCUCCACUCUCGUCUUCCUUCUUUCACCGCCCGCCUCCCCGUUUCCGUCACCUCCAUUUCUUCCCUGGGUGCUAUCUCUCCCCGUUUUUCUUUUCCAGUUCCUCUUCUCAUCUUCAAGAUGCAUUCUUCCAGUGUCGAGCCGGGGGCUCCCCCGACUCCUGGCCCUUCGUAUCCUUCUUCUCUCCCACCUUCGUACACAGAGCAGAAUGUCCGUGAGAUGAUUGCGGCUUUCUACUCGCCGUCUGGGUGUGGAGUCACCCCUGCACAGGCAAACGAGUUCCUUGUCGACUUCCAGCAGCAUGCGUCGGCCUGGCCGAUCUGUAUUUCCUUCUUGAACCACUUCGCUCGCUCGUCGCAGUCUUCAUCUGUAGACACAGGCGACGAGUGCGUCCUCUAUUUUGCCGCGCAGACUCUCGCGGCGCAAGCUCGCGCAGGCUUCCCUCAGCAGCUGUCUCUGGUGCUGGAGAAGAAGCGGGGGGGAGACUCCUUGGGCGGCGCGAGGGAGCGACACAGUUCAGCCGCUUCGACUGUCUUCAAGGAACUCAGAGAGGGCCUUUUGCAGCUUCUCUUCUCGUGCAGACGAGCGCCAAAAGCCGUCGUGCGCCAGCUAGCAGUCGCCCUCUCUGCGGCCCUCGUGUUUGGCGCCUGCGGAGGGGGUGAUCAAGCGGGUCAAGACCGAGACGUGGAGGCAGGGGUAGGCAACGAAGAAGGUCUGAAGGAAGAAAUCGCUCUCGAGGAAAUCCUUGUCACUCUUGGACACGAACUCGGAGAACAGGCUGCAGGACCUCUUCUUGAGUUUCUUGCUGCUCUCCCCCAAGAGGUGUCGAGCCAGAGGCUGUCUCUCUCUAAGCCUCAGCGCCUCGCGGUUCUGGGGACCCUGCUGGAGCGCCACGCGCCCAGUGCGUUGGCGGCAGCGGCCUCCGUUUUCGAUUUUCUCGAGAAACGCGAGCAGACACUUUCCUCGUCUGCUGAGCCAGCUGUGACGUCCGAGAUUUCCACUCUAAAGUCCGCCGCCGUUUUGGCCGUUCAGUCUUGGAUCUCCGCGCACUUGGCUCUCCUUUCUGUUUCGUCUUGUCAAGCUGCUCAUCCUGGCGGUUUGUCUCCGAUCGCUGCAAUGUGCACGCGCCUUCUCUUUCGUUCUUUGCUUCCUUCGCAUGUCUCUUCUUCGGCUCCUCUUUCCGCCUCUGCUCUUCCAUCUUCCUCCUCUCUGAGAGUCCUCUUGGUGACUCUGCAGUCUGCGUCGUCCGUGUCUCGAGAUGCCGCGGACGCCGGUCCUCGACGCCUGCCUCCGGAGACAAUCGACGGGCUUCAAGCCGCCGCGGACGCGGUCGCGGCGCUGGCGGCGCUUGCAACCGCGGUCGCAAACGAGGAACGCGAAGACGACGGCGCCCGAGGCGACAUGACCCGGCACCAGGGGCCUGCUACGUCUCAGCGGGAAGAGAAUGAAGAGGGAAUGAAGUGCAUGCGCCAGAUUAUGGAGAUUAUUGUUCAAGGCUAUGCUGUUGGCUGCAACGCCUUACAACAGGAGGAAAGAAGGUUUAUGGCGCCCGUGGAUGCGGAACGUCUCCAAGCGUUUUCAGCGGGUCUCGUUGAAUUGGCUAAGGAAGUUCUUCCGGCGUUUUUCCACGGGGAUCCGUGGCCGCUCGCGCCUUCGGCUGUCUCGGCCCUGUCGCCUUCCGUCUCGGUCUCUCUCGAGCAGAUCCGCGCCUUUGCGGCGGACACCUUGGUGCCGCACCCGUCACUGGACGUGAAGGAGAUCGGUCUGGACUUCCACUACAACUUCCUCUUCCACUUCAUGAGUCUCCUCUCGCAGCAGCAGGAGCUUCAACAGAACUUGCAGGCGCUCGAAGAGAAUUUUGUGGCGGAGCAGGCGGCGAGACAGGCACACACUUCUCAGGCGGCGGACGUCUCUGGAGCCCUUCGGACCACCGGCUCUUCUUCCGCGAACGGAGACUCGACACUUGAUGAGGCCGUCGGAGACUCUUCUGCGUCUGCCCUGGCUACAGCGAGGCGCAUCUACGACGCCGUCGUCACAGAGACAGAGCAGAGGAGACAGCGGCUCUCGCCUGUCUACCUCCACUUCCUCGACACUUUAAUGGCACAGGUGGGGGCUCCCUCCGCCCUCGCCGUUGUCAACGAAGAAGUCGACCUCGAGAGGUGGGGCAGGUUUCGAGAUGAAGCCGCAGUAAAUCUGACGGAAGCGACUCUCGUGGUUGGGCACGCGCAGAUCCUGGAGAAGACGAAAGACGAGCUGGAAGCGAUUCUCAAGUUGGCUUCGCUGGCGGAGACAGGGGCGACUCCUGGCGCCGAGGCCAACACCGCAGGUGGACCGAAAACACGACAGGCUCCCGAAGCGCCGCUGCCGUGGCAACGGCUGGAAGUGUGUCUCUUCGUGCUCACUACUGUCGCCCCACGAGCCCCUGCUGGAGACGACAAAGUCAUCCCACUCUCUCUGGAAGUUCUGCCUCGCCUGCCGUAUGAGACAGCUCUUGAUUUCGCAACCGGUGUGGGCGGCAAUGCGCAGAGAAAGCCAACAGACGAAGAGCGAGAAGCCACAGCUCUCUUUCUCCAUGCUGCCGCGGGUCGAUUCAUUCUCUGGACUGCAGGCUACAUUGGCACCCAGAAGCGUCUGUUUGCUUCCCUCAUUCAAUUUCUCACCUGCACGAGCUUGCCGUUCGUCACCAAAGCUGCGCAGCGCCAGAAAGUCGGUUUACACUGUGACGCCGCCGUCUGCAAACUGCGAGAACUCGCAGAAGAAGUUCUCGUUGAAGCCGUGAAAGCUCUGGACGCUUCUGCCGCGCCAAUGCUCGCGGAGGAAGCUGCUGAGGAGGAUGUUAACCUCAUUCUCAACUCGCUUGUUUCUCUUAUUCUCGAAGAAAAUCUCAGCAUCGACAACCGUGCGGCUUUGGUCCUCGCGGCCGGUGCAGUCCUGGCGCCGAUGCCUGCUGACAGGAUGCGCAUUCUGCACAGGCAGCUAUUGAGCUCUCUAGGCCAAAAUCUAAGGGAAGUGUUGGCACAGCCGGAUAGCUCUUCGACGGCGUACGGAAAUGCUGUUAAGCUGUUUUUCUCCGCGGUUCAAGGCUUGCGUCCUUCCUACUCUCUACCUCUCCCCCCUUACUCGGCAGGCGAUCUGUGCGAGCCUCUACCUAAGGACAGCCCGUACCGGCAUCCCGUCCUUGAUGUCACGCAAGAGCUGUGGGAGACAAUUGAGGAGGCGAUGAAGAAUCCCAGAAGACAAGAGCAUCUGUACGAGCAGUCGACCUACGCAAUUGUCGCGGUCAUCUUGACAUGUCGCGCUCACGUUCCUCGUUACAUGGUGCUCUUUCGAUUCCUCGACGUGCUCGCAGAAACCUUUGCGCUGUAUCCCACUGCGUACCACCUGGGGGCCUUGCGGACACUGGAGGGCCUUUUCGGCAGUGCGCCUGAGGAACCGAUCUUGGCGGCUGUCUGCGACUGCAUGCGGCGUUGCGUCCUGGCGACUCUCGAGCGAAUCAACGUGGAAGGCGAACACUACGUGUACAGACAGCCGGACCUCGUUGGCAUGACGGUGGACUGCGUGAACAUCGCACUUUUGCAUCCUCUCUUGGCAAUCCGUUUCAUCCAGUCUCCCCAUAGCAGCGACUUCACCAGUCAGAACGAGAUGACAGGAGUCUCGCAAGCGUCAGAGUCCCGGAACUGGUUCUGUACCGUCGCCCUUGCUGUUCUCCAAUUCGCACCCACUUGUCACCAUCCAAAGGUUCUCCACACAUUCAUGGUUUUCUUCUCGCGUCUCGCAGGCUGGACGGACCCACCCUCGCAGCUCCACGCCUUUGACCGAGGGGGCUCGAUUCCAUGGUUGCUCGAAGCCGCGGAGAAGACCCAGCAAGCGGUUUUGGCUCUCCUUGUGAAGCCCCAGCCGGCCGCGUUUUCGCAAGCAUUUCCCCACGGAGGCAAGCUGGAGGACGCAAAAAAACAGGGCGAGAAGACUUACGCGGCCGUGGUGAUUCACGUGAUUAUCCAAGCACUCACGAGUGUGCACUCUGCCGUUCAGUCGUGGAUAGGAAACGCCGCUCAAACACUUCUUCUCCUUCUGCACCAUCCCGUUUUAGCGGAGCAGGGCCGGGUGGCUCUGGAAGCCGCUGUGAUGGGUCUUCAUCCGCACCUGCUGAGCACGGAGCAGCGACGAACUUUCCUUCGAAACGCUCUAGCCGAAACAUCUGUUCGAGGCUUUUGUGUCCUCUGUCAACAGUUGGCUGACGACGCAAAUGCGCAGUACCAAAGAAGCAAGUUUUCUGCAGGUGUCUCAGGGGGUUCUCAGGGGGGCGAGCCAACUCUCUCGGGAGACGCCACGAGUCGAGGCGGUGAUGUGCUGUCAAUGUGCUGAGGAUUUUUACUGGAAACUCACCGAUAUAAUUAUCGUGCAAGCAUGCAUAAGCAACUCAGUGCGUCUGUCCUGAAUCCGGUAGUGGUGUUCUGGGUGGAAAGUGGGCCGUAGCUAUUGAGAAACACUUUACUAUCAUCUGAGUUGUAGUUUCCUCUCCCGGUUGAAACGAUUUGAACGAAUGAUAAAUGUAAUACAUAUACUGCGUCGAGACCACAACCGAGAGCAUGGGUAAAGAAAUGAAGAACAUGGCGGCGGUGGAGUCGCGGGGAGUGAGAACUUUGACAGAUCUCGCAGGAGUAACAGAGGUGCCAGCGAAAAACGAUUCAGAAUGCGCACUGCGACAUCUUUUGUUUUAAGCACUCUGACACCAUAUGAGGACGAGAGGCGUUCCGCCGCUUUUCUCUGUGGACGUGCGAUGGACAUCGUGCCACAUUUUCCCAGCGGAGUGGGGCAUAGUCGUGUUUUGUCAGUGGUUUGCGAGCAGCGAGGCUUCUUCGCUUCUUCGAUGCAGUGGCUGUGUUUUGUGCGCACACAAUCGUUCGCGAUCCUCAGAGGGGUUGAUGCGUUCGACACUCUGGGUGAACAAAGUCGUAAUUCCAUACUAGGCAAGAAACUUCUUUCGUCUGAUGGAGAAAGGGCCUCAAAUAAUGAAAUUCAACACUUUUAGCUGCCUUUGCAGUGGAGUGGUCAUGUGGAGCGGUCUUGAAAACCUAGGUGCUUUCCGGAAGAGAGGCAUGCGCUCUUGUUUUUUCUCCCUAGCGUGC